GAAUCCCUCCACCCUUCAAUCCCUCCGCUUAACUAUCAAGCUUGUUGAAGCCGAAAUUACCAAGCAAUGUUUCUAGCACGGAGCCCACAAUGUGGUGCGGUAGCCGCGGUGGUGUCUUCGUGCUUGGCCCGCUCGUCUGUUCUGGCCGUUUAUCGCCAACAAGGGAGUCGUAACCUAGCUACCGUUAGCAACUCCCCCGCGCCGAAGAAAUCCUACGGAGGUCUGAGUGAUCAAGAUAGAAUUUUCCAGAAUCUCUACGGCCAUCACGGCACUGACCUUAAAUCUGCUAUGGAAUAUGGGGAUUGGUAUAAGACAAAGGAGAUUCUCUUGAAGGGGCAUGACUGGGUAUGUGCUCCGCCGCUGCUGAGUACAUGAGUUGUUGGAUGAGCACUAAUUUUCUAAGGAAUAGAUUAUCCAAGAGAUCAAGACUUCCGGUCUCCGUGGGCGUGGUGGCGCUGGGUUCCCGUCGGGUAUGAAAUGGGUAUGUAUGAACUAUAGGAUCUUCACUGAGCGGCUUUAGCUAACAUUGAUUGAUAGUCAUUCAUGAACCCACCCGGAUGGGAUAAGGGAACUAAAGAACGGUACCUCGUCGUCAAUGCUGAUGAAGGAGAACCUGGCACAUGCAAAGACCGUGAGAUCAUGCGUAAAGACCCUCACAAGUUGGUUGAGGGAUGCCUAGUUGCCGGAAGAGCUAUGAACGCUACGGCAGCUUACAUCUACAUCCGUGGCGAGUUUUACCAUGAGGCUACCGUUCUGCAGAGGGCUAUUCAGGAAGCCUAUGCCGCCGGGUUGAUUGGGAAGGAUGCUUGUGGCAGUGGGUACAGCUUUGACGUGUUCGUUCACAGAGGAAUGGGAGUGAGCUUUGUCGUUCCUUUUCCAAAUGAUGGACGGAAAAUGCUUACCAGUUUGAUUGGCAGGCUUACGUCUGUGGGGAAGAGACAUCACUUAUUGAAUCCCUAGAAGGCAAACCCGGCAAGCCUAGACUAAAACCCCCGUUUCCCGCCUCUGUCGGCUUAUUUGGAUGCCCUUCAACCGUGGCAAAUGUCGAGACUGUUUCCGUAGCCCCCACAAUUUGCCGAAGAAGUGGUUCAUGGUUUGCCUCAUUCGGGCGAGAGCGCAAUCGGGGGACUAAGCUUUUCUGUAUAUCUGGGCAUGUCAAUAACCCUUGCACCGUUGAAGAAGAGAUGUCAAUAUCUCUAAAGGAGCUAAUCGAGAGACACUGCGGUGGCGUCAGGGGCGGAUGGGAUAACCUACUAGCCGUUAUUCCCGGUGGCUCCUCGACCCCGAUUUUACCCCGAAAUAUCUGUGAUGACGUCUUGAUGGACUUUGAUGCCCUAAAAGAUGUGCAAAGCGGUUUAGGUACUGCAGCAGUCAUCGUGAUGGACAAGAGCACCGAUGUAGUAAGAGCUAUAUCGAGGCUUUCAAAGUUUUACAAGCACGAGUCUUGCGGCCAGGUAAACUAUCGAGCCCAACCUAUUACACCUCAUAUAAUUCAUUAACAGUCAUAGUGUACACCUUGUCGCGAGGGAACAAAAUGGACUGCACAGAUUAUGGAACGUUUCGAGAAGGGCCAUGGACGAGAACGAGAGAUUGACAUGCUCCAGGAGCUUACCAAACAGGUUGAAGGACACACUAUCUGUGCUUUAGGAGAAGCCUUCGCCUGGCCAUUGCAGGGUCUUAUUCGUCACUUCAGACCAGAAUUGGAGGCGAGGAUGCAGGCACACACCCAAGCUUCAGGUGGACACGCCCUAGCUGGUGGUUGGGAACAUGACGCCCGGGUGAAAGGCAAACUUGUUGCACCUGGGCAGUAGACAGGGCGGAUUAGUUCAAUACCCAAUGUCACCACUUUUACCUUUUUUUCUUUAUUUCUCCCCCAUUCUUGGGUUACAUUAGGGUUUUGUGAGCUGCCGUUUUAUAAAGUCUUACUAUUCAUUCAACCUGAAGUGAACAGUUG